UCAUGAAGCUGAUGGAAUGUUGGUUUAUACAAGCGUACAGCUGGGGCUUAUGUCUGUGAGAAGUCCGAGUAAUAUGAUCCAGUGAGAGCCUGGCAGCACAGACUGACCAGCAGCACUUCCAUUUCUGGCUCCAUAACCUUGACUGAAAAUCUUUACGUGAGGCAACAGGGUGACAGAGGGCACAAGAGACAAACUUCAAGGCAGAUCGAUCUGCCAAAACAAAGGUAAGCCAUAGUUGAAAUGGAACAUUCUCUAUUCAGAAAACACUGACGACAAACAGGCAUCCGCUGCAAGAAUGGAUCCUAUAAUAUUUACUACUCCCAUAUCUCCUGCAGCCAAACAGGCUGUGCUGGAGUUUAGUCUUCAGCUGAUUGGUUCUUUAACAGUGAACUCGCUGACUACUAUGUCUAUGUUACCAUGGGUAGUGGUGGAAAUAAAGAAAAAAAGCGCAAAGACUCCCAAAGAUUUGCAAAGUGUCCUCCAGAUUCGGCUGUACGUCUCCUCCACAAGCAUCUUGUGUGAGCCAGAUCUGGGCAAGUGCCAGCAAUGGGAUCCUUUAAUUUGCUCCAGCAUCUUUGACUGUAAGCCCCAGCUGGUCCAGAAACUGAUUCACAAUAGCCAAGACCCCAGUUAUUUUGCAUGCCUGCUAAGGAAAGAGAACCUUGAAAGCCAAGAAAGCACAUGCUACCUUUUCCAUUCUGACGAUCCCUUCAAAGUGCCAGAAAUAAUUGGCUCUAUCCGGCAUGCGGGAAAGUUGGCACGGCAGGAAGAGGUUCAUUCCCAACUCUGUGAUUUGGACGAUUCAUUCUCCAAAAAGUUUGAGGUCUUAUUCUGUGGCCGCGUGAUUGUGGCGAAUAAGAAGGCACCCCCUGCUUUGAUAGAUGAGUGCAUUGACAAGUUCAACCAUGUUAGCUGCACUAAAAAGAAGGAAGGGGACGCUCAAACCCCACAGGGAGACUCUCCAACUCCACAACUGGACUCCAGCAUUGGGAUAUCUUUUGGCAAUAAACUGCGUUCCGUCUUCCAGUCGGCAUUUAACGACGAUGACAAAAAUAAGCCCAUCCGCAAAUCCUACUCUCAGCCAGGCUUGAGGACUAAUAACUCUUUUACAAACGAGUGGAAAGAUGGACGGAGUAGCCUUCCUACUUCAUUUGAGGACAGCGAUAUAAGUUUGCACGUACAGAGGUUCUCUGGGGAGGAGCAGGAUGGUGUACAGCCAACAGACAUGGAGGAAAACCAGACUAUGCUAUUCACGAUUGGCCAAGCAGAGGUUUACCUGAUCAGCCCAGACACAAAGAGGAUUGUGAUUGAAAAGAGCUUUAAGGAGAUAUCCUUUUGUUCUCAGGGAAUCGAGCACGCCGAUCACUUUGGUUUUAUCUGCAGGGAGCCAUUACUGAAUGGAGGGUGCCAUUUUGUGUGUUAUGUAUUUCAGUGUACAAAUGGAGCACUGGUGGAUGAGAUCAUGCUGACUCUGAAGCAGGCCUUCAGUGUAGCUGCAGUGCAGCAGAACUCCAAGUCUCACCCGCAGCUGUGCGACAGUUGCCCCAUGCAGUGCAUGCAUAGACUCUGUGAGAGAAUAGAAGGUUUUCCUCCCACCAAAAUUAAACUUGAACUGCAAAAGCACCUCACAACACUAAGCAAUCAGGAGCAGGCCUCCAUGUUUGAAGAAAUACAGAAAAUUCGGCCAAGGUCGGAGCAGCAAGAAAACGAACUAGUUAUCUCUCGCCUUCGAUGUCUGUAUGAGGAGAAACAGAAAGAUCAUGUCCAUAAUGCUGAAACAAAGCAGAAUUCACAAGCAGCCGAAAGCACAGCCAAUGGGCUGCAGACCAGUGCCUCCCGAUUCAAACUUGAGUCUCUGACCAGCAAAGCAAAGCGAUCCUUGACGGAAUCUUUGGAAAACAUUUUGUCAAGGGGCAGCAGGAGUCGCAGCUUGCAGGAGAGCUCUAUCAGUGGGGAUGAUGACAGCAUGCUAUGCACUCCGCUUGAAGUAUCCAGUAUUAAGGAGCUGUCAUUAUGUGAGACGGAGGCGGCUACUCCUCUUGCAAUCCCCUUAAAGACUCACGGCUCCCUUGGAGAUUUAUCGAAGAGCUCAGAUAGCUAUUCCUAUGAGCAUCCAGAGGAAUUCAUUCAGCAGGGAUUCCGUCGGCGAGCGAACACGUUAAGCCAUGUGCCUGUGGCGGUGCAGGAAUUUUCUGAGCCGGUUCCGAUCACUCCAUCUGUUCCACAGCGGAAGCUAAUAAGGCACCACUCUGUGAGCACAGAGACACCGCACAAAAGAAAUUCCAGCACUCCUCUGCCUGAGCCGGAUCACAAUCCAGUGCAGUCUGCAGAACCGACUGCCCAUCGUCCCGUAUCGGCAACCUCUUCCCCUGUAACUGGGAAAAAACUGAAGGCCGGUUGUGUUGGGGAAGCGGGGGCGCCACUUGCACAAAAGAGCCUUUUCUACCGUUCCACUGCUCUGCGAAAGAAACUUCAUUCCUCUUCUUCUGUGCCAAACUUUCUCAAAUUUCUGGCUCCUGUAGCUGAAAAUAGCACCUCCAGCUUUGACAGUAGGAAAAGUGACUUUGAUUGUAAGUCGAUACACAGUGAUACUGGAUGUGAGAGCCCAGUAAGGGCACGCAGACAUUCUUGGCGGCAACAGAUCUUCUUGCGUGUGGCCACCCCUCAAAAGGGAUGCGAUUCCCCCAGCAGAUAUGACGACCGCUCAGAUUUGGGGGACAUUCCUCCCAGAUCACCUUUAGAACCUGUUCGGGAAGAUGGUCCAGUUCGGUCGGCAGCAGCAGUGAGGCAUCGGACGAAGAAAGAGCUUCGAGAGCUCUGGAAAAAGGCUAUUCUUCAACAAAUUCUGCUUCUCAGAAUGGAAAAAGAAAACCAAAAACUGCAAGCCUCAGAAAAUGACUUGCAGAAUAAGAGGCUGAAACUUGAUUAUGAAGAAAUCACUCCAUGCUUGAAGGAUGUGACGUUAGUAUGGGAGAAGAUGCUCGGCACUCCAGGAAGAUCCAAGAUUAAGACGGACAUAGAAAAAAUACAUGCAGCUGUGGGACAAGGUGUCCCUCGUCAGCACCGCGGGGAGAUCUGGAAGUUUUUAUCUGAACAAUACCAGCUGAGACAUCAGCAUAUCAGCAAAAACCAGCUAAAGGACACCCCAUACAAGGAGCUUCUAAAGCAACUGACCACCCAACAGCAUGCAAUACUCAUCGAUCUAGGGCGCACCUUUCCAACACACCCGUACUUCUCGGCUCAGCUGGGAGCCGGACAGCUGUCUCUCUACAAUAUUCUAAAGGCCUACUCCUUGCUGGAUCCGGAAGUGGGCUACUGCCAAGGCCUCAGUUUCGUUGCCGGGAUCCUUUUGCUUCACAUGACUGAGGAAGAUGCCUUUAAGAUGCUAAAGUUUCUCAUGUACGACAUGGGUAUGCGGAAGCAGUAUCGACCCGACAUGAUCACUCUUCAGAUCCAGAUGUACCAGCUUUCCCGACUCCUGCACGACUACCACCGGGAUCUGUACAAUCACUUGGAAACGUAUGAAAUCGGGCCCAGCCUAUAUGCUGCCCCAUGGUUUCUUACCAUGUUCGCCUCUCAGUUCCCGCUUGGAUUUGUGGCGAGAGUCUUUGACAUGAUCUUCCUCCAGGGAUCAGAAGUCAUAUUUAAGGUCGCGCUCAGCUUGCUCGGAAGCCACAAGCCCCUGAUUUUGCAACAUGAAAAUCUGGAGUCCAUUGUAGAAUUCAUAAAAAACACCCUUCCAAACUUGGGUCUGGUGCAGAUGGAAAAGACCAUUAUCCAGGUGUUUGAAAUGGACAUUUCCAAGCAGCUUCAGGCAUAUGAAGUGGAAUAUCAUGUACUACAAGAUGAACUGAUUGACUCAUCUCCGCUCAGUGACAACCAGAGGAUAAAUAAACUAGAAAAGGCAAAUAGUACAUUGCGCAAACAGAACUUUGACCUUUUAGAGGAGCUGCAGGUAUCCCAUGGAAGAAUACAGAUGCUAGAAUCCACCGUAGAAAACGUCCAGAGUAACGAGGUCAAGUUAAAACAGUCCAUCCUUACGCUGGAGCUGGAAAGGUCUGCCUUGCUAAAUACCAUUGAAGAACUACGUGAUCAGAUUAAAGAUUUGCAGAAGAACAAGCUCUAUGCUGACUGAAAGGAGCCCGGCCAUUGAUUUUCUUGGAAGAGAAAAAAAACUUAGCAAGAAGUCAAACUCUCUGUACUCCUUGUCUGUACAGGAGGAGUCUCAGCAAGGAAAGCGAAGGAUCACUUGGUCUUUAGGACUCCCUCUUCAUACAAUGCACAAAGAGGCUGUUACUCAUACAUGGAAAAUGCUGGUUCCCAGGAGAAUUGUGCUUAUUUUAGAAGAAAAUGAAUCAUUGCCUUUUAAGCAAGACACUUUUUAUUAUUUCUUUUUGUUUUAAGACUUUACAAUUCCAUUCCUAUUAUUCUCAUUCAAAUGAGAAAAGUGUCUCCUACAAACUAUACUGAUUUUAACUGAAGGACUUUGGAAAGGUUGCCGCGUAGCAGGAGUUUGUAGCAGUAUGGCAUCUCCCUCUAGCUGUAUGGCCCUUCUUAUAAGCUCGGCAUCCGAUUUGCAGCUCAUCCUGGUCAAGGAAAAUUCGAUGGCGUGUACAAUUCACAUUUUAACAUACUAUCUAUUUAUAUCUGUUUAUUAACAGUUUUAUGAGUACUACAUGUUUUAAGGUUUGUAUUGCUGCUGUGUUUUUAUCAUAUUCUAGUUUUUUUUUUUUUAAUAUCACUUUCAGUAAUCAGACAUGACUAUGGGAAUUUCAGUGAUUUGUCUGCGUCUGUUACCUAGAGUCACUAGCCCGCACGGGUCAUUUGCAACAAUACAGUCCAUUUGUAGAGGUUAAGGCUUCUGUUCUUGGGCAUCGCAAUGCCUUUUCAAUUGCAUUAAGCAGUCUGUAAAAAAUCCCCUAAAUGCCACUAACGGUGGCCAUAGACAUAGAGAUCUGCUCGUUUGGCGAUGUCCCCAAAGGAACGGAUCUCUCCCCAAUAUGCCCACAUUGAGGGCCCAACGAUUGGAUCAUAAUGGAUCUGAUACGGGCGGUCGGAUUGUGGGACCGCAUACACACACAGAUGCAGCCACGAUGCCCGAUCGAGAUCUGCACGACUUUUGGCCAGAUAUCGGUUGGGGAAGCCCGUCGGAUGGGCCAACACACGGACCAAUAAGCUGCCAACUCGGUCUGUCAACAGCUUUUAUCGGCCCGUGUAUGGGGCCUUAAGCCACAUCCCUCCCUCGGGCUAUCCAAGUGGCCAAGUUCAGCCCACAAGCAAGAAAAUGGGGUCUGUAGCACUCCCAUAUUUUGUCAUGGGAUUUAUUUAAAAUGAUCAUUGGUCCUUGUUCAGAAACUCACUAUGGAGAACUUUGUAUAUUAUUUACAGAAGAUAUCAUCGUGCAGUAGAAAUUUAUAGAAGAAAAAUGAUUAUCCCCAGUCAUUAUUGUUUGCCUUACUAUCUGGACAAAAUAUCUAAAUAUGUAUUAGGGUUGUGGGUUUUUUCAUACAAGAACAACAUGGUUUUAAUUA